CUCCUCCAGCACCAGGUUUAAAACCUCAGCAGCACGUGUCGCCUGCAGAACUGCCCGCCACCAAGGCCCCAGCGGUAGGGACCAGGUGCACAGGGGCCGGCAUGUCCGCGGAGGUCCUGGAACACCGGGGCUCCGGCAGUAAGCUCUCCGACGGGCAGGAAACAAGCUACAUUGAAGACAACUCCAACCAAAAUGGUGCCAUAUCACUGAUCUUCUCACUCAAAGAAGAAAUUGGUGCCCUGGCCAAAGUCUUGCGAUUAUUUGAGGAGAAUGAUAUAAACCUGACCCACAUUGAAUCCAGACCUUCUCGCUUAAAGAAAGAUGAGUAUGAAUUUUUUACCUAUCUGGAUAAACGUAGUAUGCCAGUCCUGGGAAACAUCAUCAAGAUCUUGAGGCAUGACAUUGGUGCCACUGUUCAUGAGCUUUCCCGGGAUAAGAAGAAAGACACAGUGCCCUGGUUCCCAAGAACCAUUCAAGAGCUCGACAGAUUUGCCAACCAGAUCCUCAGCUAUGGAGCUGAACUGGAUGCAGACCAUCCCGGUUUUAAAGAUCCUGUGUAUCGAGCAAGACGAAAGCAAUUUGCCGACAUCGCCUACAACUACCGACAUGGGCAGCCCAUCCCUCAAGUGGAAUACACUGAGGAAGAAAAGAAAACAUGGGGGACAGUAUUCAGAACCCUGAAGUCCUUGUAUAAAACCCACGCUUGCUACGAGCACAAUCAUAUCUUCCCACUUCUGGAAAAAUACUGUGGCUUCCGUGAAGAUAACAUCCCCCAGUUGGAAGAGGUUUCUCAAUUUCUGCAGACUUGCACUGGAUUCCGCCUCCGACCUGUGGCUGGCCUGCUUUCCUCUCGGGAUUUCUUGGGUGGCUUGGCUUUCCGAGUCUUCCACUGCACUCAGUACAUCAGACACGGGUCCAAACCUAUGUAUACACCUGAACCUGACAUCUGCCAUGAGCUGUUGGGACACGUGCCCUUGUUUUCAGAUCGUAGCUUUGCCCAGUUUUCCCAGGAAAUUGGCCUUGCUUCUCUUGGUGCACCUGAUGAGUAUAUUGAGAAACUCGCCACAAUUUACUGGUUUACUGUGGAAUUUGGCCUCUGCAAACAAGGAGACUCCAUAAAAGCAUAUGGUGCUGGACUCCUAUCAUCUUUUGGUGAAUUACAGUACUGCUUGUCUGACAAGCCAAAGCUUCUCCCCCUGGAGCUGGAGAAGACAGCCAUCCAGGAGUACACUGUCACAGAGUUCCAGCCCCUGUAUUACGUGGCUGAGAGUUUUAAUGAUGCAAAGGAGAAAGUAAGGAAUUUUGCUGCUACCAUCCCACGGCCUUUCUCAGUUCGUUAUGACCCAUACACUCAAAGAAUUGAGGUCUUGGACAAUACGCAGCAACUUAAAAUUUUGGCCGACUCCAUCAACAGUGAAGUUGGAAUCCUUUGUAGUGCCCUCCAGAAAAUAAAGUGAAACCCAUGGACAAAACCUGUCAACUGAGAAUCUGUUCAUGGAAAUCCAACUACUUUCAUUUCAUCUGAAAAAGUUUGAAAAGCAAACCUUAAUUUGAAUUGACAGCCUUUAAUCCUUUUUGGAACAAGAUGGAGGAUGAACAAAUCAAAAUAACUUGAAAUGACAGCAUAUUAAUGCAUACCCAAAAGCAUAAUCUUUUGGGGUCAUUUUUGAUUUAAAGAUGAUAAUCCUAUACUCUCAAUUCAGUUAAAAUCAAUAAUCUGUCACAGUUCAUCAAAGUUAAUUAAAAUUGGGACCUGAAAAAAAAUUGGGACCUGAUUUGCUCAAGCUUCAUAUAUGCUUUUGUUACUUGCCAUAGAAAAUUCCUGAAGGAAUAUAUAUCACUCAAUGUAAAACACAAGCCUGUCAUUAGAAUUGAAUUUGUUGAUUUAAUGUAAAUCUUAACCUACAAAAGUCAUUUUCUAUUUCAGUAAACUAAGAUUCUAGUUAUUGCUGUGCCUUACCCAUGUAGAUUUCCUUUAAUUCAUGAGCCCAUUAAAAUAGUUAUAAAAAUCGAAGUUCAUAGCAUAAUAUGAAAGCAUUUCUGUAUAGUUUAUUGGACUCAUAGAUACUGUUGUAGAAGGUAAUAGAACUUCUCACCUGACUCUCACAACUUUCAAUAUCAUUUUCCAAUUAAUUGUUAUCUGGUUUGGAGAUAUUUUGCAGACAUGUGUGAUGCAACAGAUGCUAACCGAAGGCUUAACUGAGAGAUAUUCCAUAAUACUCAUUGAAAUAAUAAAGGAAUACAUUAUUAAAAAGCAAAUCCUCAAACAAAAGUGAGAAUUUUAGUUAUGUUUAAAAAAAGACAAGUGGUUAGAAAAUUUUGCAGUUUCAAAUGUUUCUUAGAAGGAAAUAUUCAUCUCCAUUGCCUGAGAAAUACUUUAACUGGAUAAUCUUGUGACAUGAAAAAAUGAUCAGCCUCAGAUUUCCAAUCCAUCACAGGUCACUGUGAUAACCUAAGUUAUGUCUGGAUGGUCAACAGACUGAUUUCUGUUGGCAUAUGUUUUACUGAGAAACAGCAGGGAGAAUAGUAGCAUCUUUAAAGCUAUGCUGAAAUUUUCAUGCCACUUUAACACUUUAUUUUGGAAAUAGUUAAAUCUUAAAGGAUUUGCAUAGUAUUUCUUCACAUGUGAUUCUCAGACCAGCUAUAUCAUCAUCAACAAUAAAUCCUGGGCACAUCCCAGUUCUAUCCAACUAGAAUAUCUGGGGAUGGAGCACUAAGAUCUGUAUUUUUAAGUAUCCCAGAUGGUUUUUGUUUUUUAAUUAUGGCCAGCCAAGUCCAUUUGGUACAUUACAUUUGAGAAAACUUGACUUCUGGUGGCCAGUUCUGCCAAUUGCUGAUUAUGUCGCCUUGCAAAAUUUACUUUGGAUCUCGGUUUUACUUGAGCAAUGAAGGAGCUUAACUGGAUAAAUCAAGUUUUCUUACAGUCUUGGAAUACAAUUCAAAUGCUGACAUAUGUCUUUAAACAGAUGUCCCUGAUCCACUAACAGUGGGUAAUAAUACCAGCCCAAAUAUCCUACCUGGGUGGAAAGAGCAAUUUGGUCUGAUGUAUCUGAGAUCUCAUUGUUUGAAGUUGGGUUUUCACCCCUGUGUUUAUUUCCUCAUGCCUCUGUAGAACCCACCGACAAAUGUUUAUUCUAGAAGUGGUAAUGUUGUUUUUCUGGUUUCUUUAGACCCCAAACACUCUGCAAAGGGACUAUUUUGAUAAAUAUCUCUGUACAAUAAACAUAUAUCAGAGAACCUCUUGAUUUUGGAACUAAAAUAUUUUAUAGUAUUUUAGACUAGAUAUCUUAUUUUGUAGUGAUUUUUAGUCUUACUGAAAAUAAUUUAAUGUGUUUUAAGAUAAAGCUUAGGUUUAGUUUGCAAUUUUGCAGAAAGAAUUACAUACUGAAUAGAAGAUAGUCUUUGAUUUUUUUAGUAAUGUGUUACCUAGUACUUAGCUCUUUUUAUCUGGAUAUAUAAACCCAACCAACAGCAAAGGAUUCAAUAUAUUUUCAUGUGUCAGUAUUAUCAUCUGUUUAAUAUUUAGUAAAUGAGCUCUUUUUAAAGAAACAAUAGUAAUGCUUUACUGAUAGUUAUCCUAUUGUGUCCAAAAAGGAGAAAUACAUGUAAGAACAUUCAAAUUUUUAGUACUAGUGUUCAAUAAGUUUCUAAAAGGAUGAAUUUAAAUUUCAAUUCUAGGUUCCUAAGUUAUAUGACUUAACUGUGUAUCAAAAAAUCUACACUAAAUGUCAACUUCAUAAUAUCAUGAAUCUUGCCUGUCUUCAUCUCUAAAAGCCUUAGCAUGUAUUACAUAGUAGGUGCUUAAUAAUCUUUAAAAAAAUUUCUGAGUGAGGCAAAUCAUAGAUGGUGUAGUGAAGAUUAUCUCACAAAUAGGCUAUUUUGCAAGAAAAAGUUGAGAAAUAACUAAAUUUGCAACUUUUCCCUUUUAAAUGCUGUAGGACAUUUUGCAUCUUAAUCUAAUUUAUGGUCUAAAAAAGAUACUGUGCUUUUAGACUAGAUUAUGGCUAGGUGGUUUGUAUAUAUACUGCUUCAACAAUAACUGGCAUAUGAAAGUUCUUAAUAAAUGUUUAUUAAUUAA